GGCCGGGGAAGGCUGUCCAAGGUAUUAUCCAAACACUCACUCGCACACACGCGCUCUCGCUCUAUUUCUCUCUCUCUCUCGCUCCCCCCCCUCUUUCUCUCUCUCUCUCUCUCUCUCACAUGCGUGCACACACACACAGUCGCUGCUGCCAGCCCUCCACUUACAGCUCCAGCCUUUCAAAGCUGUUUUUCCUCUGGAGAUCAGCACACGGUUUAACACCACACAGCUGCCACCGAAGAGACUGAGGGAAGGAGAGAAGAGUGAAUAGAGAAAAUAGGGAGCAAAAAGAAGAGGAAGAGCAAGAAAGUGUUUUCAAAUACUCCAGGUUUUUUGUGUUUUGAAAUACUCCGGGUUUUUUGAGUUUACUCCUUGGGACCGUUCAAAGAAGAGAAGAGAGUCUGAGUUCACAGGAAAUUAUCAGAGUGAAUGGGUUGCCAUGGUAACUGACACUGGCAGCCUGACACGAGAAAACUCAAUGUUUAAUGGAGGAAGAUCCUCGGUGGUGGCAAGCAAGCGAAAGUAACAGGGAUUUAAGGGAGGUGAGAGGGAACAAGAGAGGAGUGAGUGGAGGAGCGCGGUGGAAGUCCAGAAUGGAGGACGGGUUUUCCAGCUACAGCAGCCUCUAUGACACAUCUUCGCUGCUGCAGUUCUGUAACGAUGACAGUGCGUCGGCAGCCAGCAGCAUGGAGGUCAUGGACCGCAUUGCCUCCCUGGAGCAGCGUGUCCAGAUGCAGGAGGACGAGAUCCAGCUGCUCAAGUCAGCGCUGGCCGACGUGGUGCGCCGCCUCAACAUCUCUGAGGAGCAAAACGCCAUGAUUAACAGGAGGGGACCCACUAAAGACCCAUCUUUGAUGAAAAGGUCCCCAUCGUCAGACAGCAAUGGUGGAAAGCCAGCCAGACCCAUGAUGGCUGCCCUGCCUCUAAGGCACACUGUCAGCAACGGCACUGUCCUGCCCAAGAAAAACUGUGGCACGCUACCGUCCCCCACCAGCUCCAGGAAGGAUGCUGCUGCACCAGCAACCAAAAGCACUGUGAGGAGAACCAACUCCAACGAAACGAUGGGCACACUGACUCGUAAAGACAGCGGCGACUCCAAGAGCAACCGCACCCGCACCGGCUCUACCGGGAGCAACUCCAGCGGCAAGAGAGCCAGCGAAAGCAAAUUUAAGGAGCCCGUUUUCAAUGCAGGGAUGCGACGAGUGACACACUGCAAAGAGGAAGGGUAUGUGAAAAUGUAUUUGAAGGGACGACCCAUCACCAUGUACAUGCCCAAAGACCUUGUGGAGACCUACUGCCUGGAAGCCAAAUCGGACCUGCCAAACAUAAAGCUCAAACUGGACUGGGUUUAUGGGUACAGGGGACGGGACUGUCGCUCUAACCUGUACCUGCUACCCACGGGAGAGACGGUCUACUUCAUUGCAUCUGUUGUGGUGCUGUACAACGUGGACGAGCAGCUCCAGAGACACUACACCGGGCACACUGAUGACAUCAAGUGUCUGGCUGUCCAUCCUGAUAAAAUCACCAUAGCAACGGGACAGGUGGCAGGCACCUCUUCUGAAGGCAAACAGUUGGCUCCUCAUGUGCGGGUUUGGGACUCUGUGAGCCUCAACACCCUCCACAUUCUGGGGACAGGUUUCUUUGACCGCGCCCUGGUUUGUCUUGCCUUCUCCAAGUCGAAUGGAGGCAACACGCUGUGUGUAGUAGACGACUCCAAUGACCAUGUGCUCUCUGUGUGGGACUGGCAGAGAGAGGAAAGACUAGCUGAUGUCAAGUGUUCCAACGAGGCAGUGUUCGCUGCCGACUUCCACCCCACUGACACCAACAUUAUAGUCACAAGUGGGAAGUCACACCUCUACUUCUGGACACUGGAGAGGGGUACCCUUACCAAGAAGCAAGGCUUGUAUGAGAAACAAGAGAAGCCCAAGUUUGUCUUGUGUGUGACUUUUUCAGAAAAUGGAGACACCAUAACUGGAGACUCAAGUGGAAAUAUACUGGUGUGGGGAAAAGGCACUAAUCGAAUUAGCCACGCCAUUCAAGGUGCACACGAGGGGAGCAUCUUUGCACUGUGUAUGUUGAGGAACAGCACACUGGUGUCAGGGGGAAAAGAUCGGAAACUCCUCUCUUGGGAUGGGAGCUACCAGCAGAUCCAAUCGGUUGAGGUUCCUGAGUUAUUUGGCCCCGUCCGCACUGUUGCCGAGGGCAAAAGGGAGAGUGUGCUUAUUGGGACCACCAGGAACUAUGUUCUACAAGGCAGUUUAUAUGGCGAAUUUACCCCCAUCACACAAGGUCACACCGAUGAGCUGUGGGGGUUGGCCGUGCACCCUUGGAAACCCCACUUCCUCACCUGUGGCCACGACAAGCAUGUCAGCCUGUGGGACGCCUCCUCGCACCAGCCUGUCUGGACCAAGACUAUGGAGGACGCAGCUCAGUCUGCUGGAUUCCAUCCCUCUGGAGCAGUGGUUGCUAUAGGAACGCAGACCGGCAGGUGGCUGGUGCUGGAUACUGACUCUAAGGAUCUAGUCACAGUGCACACAGAUGGGAAUGAACAGCUAUCUGUUAUACGCUUUGCACCGGAUGGCAAUUUCCUGGCGAUCGGCUCUCACGACAACUACAUCUAUAUCUACGCAGUGGGGGAGAGCGGCAGGAAGUACGGUCGAGUGGGAAAGUGCUCGGGCCACUUCAGCUUCAUCACCCAUCUGGACUGGUCAGUGGACUCUCAGUACCUGGUGUCCAACUCAGGAGACUAUGAGAUACUCUAUUGGAUCCCAUCAGUGUGUAAACAGGUGGUGAGUGUGGAGACCACACGGGACAUCCCCUGGGCCACGUCCAACUGCACUCUGGGCUUCCAAGUCUUUGGGUUAUGGUCUGACGGCUCCGACGGGACUGACAUCAACGCCGUCUCCAGAUCCAAUGACAAAAGGCUGCUCGUCACAGGAGACGACUUCGGAAAAGUCCAACUUUUCUCAUUCCCCUGCUCUCAAUUCCGGGCUCCCAGUCAUGUUUAUGGCGGACACAGCAGUCAUGUGACCAACGUAAAAUUCCUGUUUGACGAUAGUUGCCUGGUUUCCACUGGGGGCAAGGACAUGAGCGUCAUGCAGUGGCGGGUAGUGUGAGGCGGCCAUUUUGGGGCAACAGACAGACAGUUUCUUUAUGGAUCAGGGUAGGGUGGGUAGGGGAAGGGUUGUACUCAUAGAGGCUCCCCUGUACAAUGAGCUUACGAUGAUGUUGCCCCAAGAAGCUGAUCUUGGAUCAGUUUUGUAUUUACCCCAUUAAUGGGUUAGAAUUUGGGGAGGGCUGAUUCUAGAUCUGUUCCUAGGGUUGACUUCACUCCAGAGUUUAGCUUUUUGGUGGGUAGGAUGGGUCGUGGGUGGGUUGGGGGCGAAGAGCAUCGCAACAAAGGAUGAUACAACAGGGAGUACCUAUUGUUUCGUCUUUUAUCGUUCCGUCUGUCUCCUUUAUUUUGUAUAUUUCACACCUCAGGAAACCAAUAGAAAAUUAGGAGUUGAAUUUAUUCCCUUUGCCAUAUCAAUGGCCUCUACUCUGGCCUGGUAGAGAUAGCACUCCACAUUUGAAAGUGGAUGGCAGGUAGCCUAGUGGUUAAGAGUGUUGAGCCAGUGAGCAAAAUGUUGCUGGUUUGAAUCCCCAAGCUGAUUAGGGUAAAAAUCUGUUGAGCAAGGCAUUUUAGCCAAAUUGCUCUGGGUAAGAGUGGAUGCAUAAUGGAAGUUUACAUUUUUACUAUGUGCAUUUACUAUGUGCACAUACAUUUGGUUAAAACUGAUGCUGACAGAGAGUAAAUGACCAAUAUUCCAAUGAUUACACUCUUUCAUCAUAUGAUGUUUAUUUUAAAAUGAAUACAUCAGGUUUACCCCAGGCAGUUUGUUACUAGGCCAAGUGUGCGGUUGAAUAGAUGCGAAUUCUGUGACGCUACAUGGAAAUAUGAAGAUAUUAACUCUCUGCUGCCACUGUCUGGCUUCCUGAGGUAUUGAAUAGUGUCAUAAUGACUACUUCACUAAUGCUCUGCAAACUAUAAUACAUGAUAAAGUAUCACACUGGCAUUUCAAAGAGCCCUUUAAAAACAAAUGAAUAAUCAUUUAAAUUAAUAAUCAAUGAUUAUUUACACCUGUUGAAAAGCAUCAUUUUGGGACACAAAUGACUGAAGUUCAACUACAUUUCAAACAUAUUUGGAUUACACUGUUAUAUAUCUGCUACCGAUGUCACUUCCUUCCUGAGCCUCCCUUAUCUUCCUGUAUGGUCCUCAAACUAGUUCUGUAAAUAAGAGGUUUGUACUAAUUAGACCAUUGCACUGUAAAUGUUUUCUCUCCAAUACUCUUUUCACACUAUAGUGCCGAACCAAUCCAUACAGUAACUACAUAGAAGCUAACCAGAUUAGCUCAGUACAUCUUGUUUGGCUCGGUUUGUCUCAGUAGUGUGAAAAGUACUAAUGUGUGCUCCCCUAUUGUGCACUGUUUGCCAUAGGCAAGUAAUCACUACUCCAAGGCUUAAGGCCCACUCUUGAUAUUUACAGCUGUUUUUGAUCUCUCCAAGGCUUAAAAUAACCUGUGAUUUAGCUACCAUACUGAUCUUGUCGUCUUGACUCAUGCCUCUUGUUUACUAUGAACAAAACGUAAUUCAUAUCGAAAGCUUUCCCAAAGCCAGGAAAAAUAAUCGCACCAAGGGUUAUCUGUACCACACUGCUAAUGUCUGAAAUGGACUGGUCAUUCAUCUGGCGUUUGCUUUAUAGUGAUAAAAAGUGAUGAAAAGUAUCCAGAGCAUGCAUAACAUUGGUUAUACCUGGGCUGCAUUCAGAAGGGCACAACAUUGUGGAAUGUUCAUAUAGAAAUAUACUACGAAGAACAAACAUGCCUUUCUGACAUGUAGGAUGAAGAAUCACAUCAGCUCUAUUCAUGUAAUUUCUUCAAAAAAAAUUAGGCACUGAACAAAUUCCAUGUCUGCUAAGCACAAACUUGAACAUUGUGAACAUUUGGUGCAACUUCCAGCGCGUGUUUACUGUGAACACUUAGGCUGUACCCACUUUAAGUUACAGUUUUAACAGUGGUCAAGUUGGCUAGUGGCUAUUUGAUCAUAAUAUAGGCUUACCAGAGUGGCCUACCAUCAAAAACAAUGGAGAAAGUGCAUCCCAUAACAUUUUAACAAAGAAAUAGCUGUUCUAUAAUUCAGUCUACAGUAGCAGCCAAUGUGUGGUGUUCCAUGCAGGACUUGACAUUAACCUGUUUAUCCACUUGCCCUUCAGACAAGGAGGUGACUGAAUAUUUUGUUGUGUUUGUUUGUUGCAAGAAAUCACUUUACAAAAUAAAAUGCAUUUUUAUUCA